GGGGAACACCGGAGAGUGGUUUCCGAACGGCAUCGAACGGAAAAGGUAGCGUAGCUAACUUUUUGUUUCGCAGUCUUGCGCUGUUAACAAAAUCUCGUGACGCGGCCGGUUGUAAUAAAAUAAGUUCGACUAGUGGAUGUGAAGUGCCUUGUGAAAUAUACAAUGGAUAUUAUUUAUUAAUUGUUACAUUACUGUGAAAAGUGUUGUAACUUCAUCUUCACAAAGUUUUGUAAACAAUGACGAUGGACAAACAACUGGUGUGGGUGCGGGACCCCAACGAGGGGUUCAUUCUCGCGCGCCUCCAUGAGCUCAUGGGGGAAGAAGCGGACGUGUUCCCCAUAGACAACAAGUACCCCAAGAGGGUCUGCAGCUUCGAAGACAUAUUCCCCGCUGGAGACCCUGUCAAAGAUGUUGAUGAUAACUGUGAACUAAUGUUCCUGAACGAAGCGACGCUACUAAACAACAUCCUAACACGUUACAAGAAAAGCAAGAUUUACACAUACGUAGCCAACAUUCUGCUUGCCGUCAAUCCUUACGAGGACAUCCCCGACAUGUAUUCUUCAAACACCAUCAAGAAGUACCAGGGGAAAUCCUUGGGGGAAUUACCUCCUCAUGUUUUUGCUAUUGCCGACAAAGCCUUCCGUGACAUGAAAUCUUUAAAGAUGUCGCAAUCGAUCAUCGUCUCCGGUGAGUCUGGUGCCGGUAAGACUGAGUCUACGAAAUACAUAUUGAAGUACUUGUGUGAUCUAUGGGCUAAAGGAGCAGGACCUGUCGAACAGAAGAUUUUGGAUGCCAACCCAAUCCUAGAAGCAUUCGGUAACGCGAAAACGACCCGCAACAACAACAGUUCGCGUUUCGGCAAAUUCAUGGAGGUUCACUUCAACAACAAAUACCAAGUGGUGGGAGGUCAUAUCUCCCACUACCUUCUAGAAAAGUCUAGAAUAUGCACGCAGAGUGCUGAAGAGAGGAACUAUCAUGUGUUCUAUCUGCUUUGCGCGGGAGCACCGCAGGAUUUGAGGACGACGUUGAAACUUACGAAGCCUGAUGAAUAUUUGUACUUGAAAAACGGUUGCACCCAAUACUUCACAAGUCCUGCCUCUGACAAGAAGAUCAAUGCUAACAGUAUGAGCAAACAACAUCAGGCUAAAGGUGGACUCAGAGAUCCCAUUCUUGAUGAUGUUGAGGACUUUGAGAGGCUUAAUCAGGCUUUAUCCCGUGUAGGCUUAACAGCUGACGAGAAGCUAGCCGUAUACAAGGUAGUAGCAGCUGUACUACACUUAGGUAACGUAGAAUUUGAAGAAGAGAGCGGGGCUCGGGGUGGUUGUGGUGUAGCGCCGAAGAGUGAACCCGCAUUGCAAGCCGCGGCCAGUUUACUGGGAAUUGAUCCCGCGGCCUUGCGUCUGUCGCUUGUUUCGCGUCUUAUGCAAAGCAGUCGCGGUGGAGCUAAGGGUACUGCUAUCAUGGUUCCUCUAAAGACGUACGAAGCUAACAACGCCCGUGAUGCUCUCGCUAAGGCCGUGUACAGCCGUCUGUUCGACUACAUCGUACAUCGCAUCAACACCAGUAUUCCCUUCCAAGCGUCCGCCUAUUAUAUUGGUGUACUUGAUAUCGCUGGAUUUGAAUACUUCCAAAUGAACAGCUUCGAGCAGUUUUGCAUCAACUACUGCAAUGAGAAACUACAACAGUUCUUCAACGAGCGUAUUCUUAAGAACGAACAGGAGUUGUACAAACGCGAAGGUCUCAACGUCCCGGAGAUCAGAUUCGUUGACAACCAGGAUUGUAUUGAUUUAAUAGAAAGCAAGAACCACGGUAUCUUCCAUUUACUUGAUGAAGAGUCGAAGCUACCGAAACCCGAGUUCGGACACUUCACACAUUCCGUUCACAAGCAAUUGGGCGUUAAUAAUAACAGGUUACAAUUGCCUCGUUCAUCGCGACUGAAGGCUCACCGUACAUUGAGAGAUGACGAAGGAUUCUUGUUGCGUCACUUUGCUGGAGCCGUCUGUUAUAACACGAACCAAUUCAUAGAAAAGAACAACGAUGCUCUCCACGCAUCCUUAGAGUUCCUAGUCCAGGAAUCAAGCAGUCAACUGGUCCAACAACUAUUCCAAAAUACCGACAACAACAACGCCAAGGGCAAGCUGAACUUCAUCUCUGUUGGCGCCAAGUUCCAGGCUCAGCUGUCGCAGUUGAUGGACAAGCUGAAGGAGAACGGCACAAACUUCGUCCGCUGCAUAAAGCCCAACUCCCGCAUGGUAGGGCGUACCUCCGAAGGCGGGCUCGUGCUGACGCAGCUGCAGUGCAGCGGCACCACGGCCGUGCUGGAGCUCAUGGAGCACGGCUACCCGUCCCGCGCCCCCUUCCACGACCUGCACUCCAUGUAUAAGGCAUAUCUACCGCCCAAGCUGCAGGCCUUGUCUCCGAAGCUGUUCUGUGAGGCCAUGGUCCACAGUCUGGGUCUCUCAGACAAAGACUACAAGUUCGGCGUGACGCGAGUGUUCUUCCGUCCGGGCAAGUACUCCGAGUUCGACACCAUGAUGAAGUCGGACCCGGAGAACUUGAAGUCGAUCGUGGAAGCCGUGCUGUCGUGGCUUGUGAAGUCGCGCUGGAGGAAGUCGAUCUUUGCUGUGCUGUCGAUUAUUAAAUUAAAGAACAAAAUCGUAUACCGUCGUGAAUGCCUCAUCCUUCUACAAAAGACGAUCCGAGGCCACCUCGUCCGGCGCCAACACCGUCCGCGGUACAAAGGCAUCGCCAAGAUCAAUGCUUUACAACACAACCUCAAAGAUAUGGAUACUGUCACUGCACAGCUCAAGAAGGACAAAGAUGUGGCUCAAAGGAAUAUCGAGAACUUGAGGAACUCUAUUAGGAAUGCUUGUGCUGCUAUUAAGUCUAAUCCUAAAAUCACUCAUGCUGAAAUCGACAAGCUGUACACAAAGUUGACCAAAGAUGUUGAAACGCAAAUGGCUUCGCUACAAAAGGCUAUGAUUGACCAGAAGAAUAGAGAUGAACAAGAGAGGCUGCGUAAGAUCGAAGCUGAGAUGCGAGCAGCUGAAGAGGCUAAGAAACGCGAACAAGAUAGGCUCAAACAGGAGGAGGAACAUCGUAGACUUAAAGCGGAGAUGGAAGCUCGUCGCAAGGCGGAGGAGACGGAGCGGCUGCGGCUGGAGGAGCAGGACCGUAUCGCUGCACUCAAGCUGCAGAAACAGAUGGAGGACGCCGCCAAAGCUGACCAGGAGAAUAGAGAGAGGUUAGAACAAGAGAGAAGAGACCACGAAAUGGCAGUACGACUAGCUAAAGAAACAAAUGGACAUGUAGAAGGUUCCCCGCCACAGUUACGCAGUUUUCCUACCUCGGAGACAAUCAAUGGAGAGAAUAAAUUGAACAGGUCGGAACGAGUGAGAAUGCAGCAAGCCAUGCAAGGCAAGCAAAAGUACGAUCUAUCUAAGUGGAAGUAUUCGGAAUUACGUGAUACUAUUAAUACUUCUUGUGAUAUUGAACUUUUGGAGGCAUGUCGUCACGAGUUCCACCGUCGCCUGAAGGUGUACCACGCGUGGAAGGCCAAGAACGCGCGCAAGACCACCCUCCACGACCAGGAGCGGGCGCCGCAGAGCAUCAUGGAUGCUGCAAAGAGUCCCCGCAUAGCCCAAAAGGGCGAGAUCCUAGGCGCCCGUCACCGCUACUUCCGCAUCCCGUUCGUCCGCGCGGGCGCCGCCGACGCCGAGCGGCGCGGCUGGUGGUACGCGCACUUCGACGGACAGUACGUCGCCCGCCAGAUGGAGCUGCAUCCGGACAAGACGCCGGUGCUGCUGCAAGCUGGCGUGGAUGACAUGCAGAUGUGCGAGCUGAGCCUGGAGGAGACGGGGCUGACGCGCAAGCGCGGCGCUGAGAUACUCGAGCACGAGUUCGAGCGAGAGUGGGCCCGCCAUGGCGGACCGCCAUACCCCGCUGAUACUCGCAAGCGCUAGAUAUCACAUUCCAUCGAGGACAUAGAAAAUUAACAUACGUCGUCGCAAAAACGCAAAGUAUUCCACAAAAAUAUAAAAUUGAAUUUUAAAUGUACCCACAUAAGAUAGAUUAUUAGAUAGAGGAGUAACUUAGUGCUUUCAACGUGCCUUCACGGUUCCUAGAUGUAUAUUAGUGCAAUAUUGAAGGUCACUAAGACAAUUUUAAUAGCCGUAAAGUCAGAAUUACUUACACAUAUUUACUAACAAAAACACUAUUUAUUAGAACUUAAAAAUAUCUAUAAAUUAUCUUGACCAAUGAAAUUUGAGAGAAGUGUGUUUACUACCUUACAGUGCCUGAAAAGAUUCACAUACAAUUUAAAUUCCCUGACUUUACUAGUUUUAUAUGAAAUGUUUUAACAAAAUAUAUCCUACAGAAACUUACUUUAGUGGAUAUUUAUAAACCUCUAGUACUGUGAGAAAUGUAUUUAAUUAAACUAAUGGUAGUUUAUUCCAAUGUAAUCUUUUAUUCCAAUUAGUCGAGUUUUUUUUUUCGAUGUUUGACUACACUAGUGGACCCUUGUAAGAUGAAUUAUUGUAAAACGAAAUUAGCAUGUUUAAACACUGGUUUAUGUGAAUAAGAAAAAGUGACAUAGAUAUAAUAAUAUAUUUUUGAUUUAAUGUAGACAAAAAUAAUUCCUCUAAUUAUUCUGUAGCAUAAAAUGUAUUCGAUAACACUUGAAGCUAAUUUAAUGGACUCCACAUCGAAAUCAGUCUAUAAUAUAUGGAAAAAGAAAUUAAUUAAUUUAUACAUAUUUCUUGAAAAGCUGUGAUUCGUAAAUCAGUAAAAAGAUAUUCGGUCAGUAUUUAGAAAUGGGGAUAAAAAUGUAUUUAUUUGAACAUUCCUGUCCUAAGACUGGUGAAUGGUAGCUUUUGUAUUAUUUGAAUAGAAUUAUGUGUUUUUUUUUAUUUAAUAAGUGUUUCUGAACAGUAUUUAAGCAAACAUUCCUGUAUUUUACUUUGAUCACAGUAAAUGUUCAGGUUAUUUUUUUAUGUACAAGUUUUUUAAAGUACAAGGUAAUUAGAGCAGAUCGUGAAAGUGCCUUAUUGUGUUACUCUGUUAAUACAUGACCACUCCAUUAUUGUAUAUGCUUUACCAAAUAAACACAUGAUGAGAGUUA